AUGGCCGCGGAUCAUGGCGGUGAAGGGCUGGGGUUGGAAGAGGGAAGUUUCGUGGUUCAUUUGGCACUGGGAUUGCCUGAAUCGGGGGUCGGGGCUGGGAUGAGAGGAAUCAGCUCAGAAAGUCGGCUCGUUCUCUCUGCCGAAACCCAGAAAAAUCUGGUAAUUUAUGGUCAGCAUCAAGCCAACCCUGAUGUUAGUCCAUGCCCUGAUGGAGCCCUACGAACAAUCACAAGGUUUAAGCAGAUGGCCAAGAUGGAAAGGAGUAGGAACAUCCUGAAUCAAGAAAGCUUUCUUAGGCAAACGAUACUUAAAGCUGAUGAGAAAUUGAAGAAACAGAUGAAUGACAACCAAGAGAAGGAAAUGAUGAUACAAGCCAUUUACGGGAGCCUUCCAGCUGACUGGUUGCAAAAAUGGAGUCAUGUUGAUUUGAAUGACUUGUGGUUGUCAGUGGAGAAGAAUAUAGAGGCAAUUGCGGAAAUGAUGACCUCACUGGAAAAACCAUGA